AUGAAUGCUGACUUUAUGAGACUGCUAUAGGAGCAAGUCAAUAAAAAACUAUAAGAUUAUAGACCAGACUAGGAGAGCUAAAUGAGUCAAGAGAGCUAAGACAAUAAGUCCUCAUAGGGCUCAAUCUCGAAUUCAUUUUUUGAAAACUAAGAUGAAUGUAAUUCAAAGGCCAAUAACUGCGAAGUUACAAAUGAAACUUUUUCUUAUUAUGACUAUGAUCAAUACAUGCCUACAGAACCGCAGGUUAAAUAACCUUAAAUUGGUGGAGAAUUCGGUCAACAAGAAUAGAGAACUCAAAAUAUCACCAGUAACGAUGAAAGAGAAUCCUUUCAAUCAUUUUUUCAAACUGCAGAUAUUUUUAAAGGCAAGAUUUCCUCAUCUUUGAAUCAAGAUGACUAAUCACAAAAUCCUGAUACUAUUCUUUAACAUCUAAUGCAGAGAGGUAGCUAACUGUCUAAAUAAAGCAAUAAGCAGGAAUCUCAAGAAUGGGAUAUUGGUCUUAUUAAGUUCAGAUAAACAAUUAUUGGUUUUUUAAUAGGUCCAUGUAAAGAUUAUGAGCAUCAAAUGCUAGGCAAGUCUAAAGCAACUGGAAGUGUAGCCACUACAAGGAAAAAAGAGGCAACUUAAAGCUUGAUUUCAACUAGCUUUAUGAAGUCUAGAAACGAUAAAAAGCGAAAACGUGAAGUCAUUGAAAAACUAGAGUUGAUAUACUAAAAGAUACAUUCUAAAUUGGAUAAUCCUUUUAAGACAGCAAAGAAAGUUAGCUCCAUAGAUGAAGUAUGGAGAAAAAUGCCUCCAUAAUAGUAAUCUGGCUACAUAAAUGCCUUCGUUAUCCUUAGACCAAUUUUGAAAAAGGCUGUUAAGUAAUAAGAUAAAGUCUAGAGAGCUAUCUCAAUGCUUAUCAAAUCAGGGAUCUUUUCUAAAAAGAACAUUUAACAAGGAGCCAAUCAAGUAGAUGGGAUACCAUAUAUUUCCCAUCAAGAUGCAAUCAAACUUCUAGAGAUGGAGGUCUCUCUGGCAAAUAUGAAUGAUAAGAUAAAUAGUGUAUUCUUACGAACAAAGGAGAACUUAGAUGUCUAUCAGCAAAGAGUUUAGAAAAUUCUAGACCUUACCCGAAGAAACUCUUCAGGUAUAUUAGACAAAUAAUAAAUUCCAGGAGCAAAUGCUCAGUCAAUUACUCUGGGUCUGACUUUUUCACCAUUAACUGUUGGUUCUACUUCAUCCAUGACUUACACUGUUACUCCAAGUUCAUUUUCUUUUGCAACUGGUGAUGAAUUAUUGUUGACAUUUCCUACUUCAAUGGUGGGUUCUCUGAUCACAACUGCAACCUGCUAAUCAGGAGCUUCAAGUCAAUACACAAUUACUUGUUCGUAUACGACAAACACUAUAAGAGUAGCAAUUACAAUAGUCACUACAUCUCCUUCAUAAUUUAGGAUGACUAUUAGUAACGGAUAUCAAAACCCAACAUCUGCUCAGAAAAUUUCUUCAAUUAAAGCAGAUAUUUAUAGAAGUAGUUCAGUUUAUGCGACAAGAACCUCUGGUAGUGUGUCAUUUACAGCAGCUGUUAUGACUACUGCCUCACUAGAAUCUUCUAGUAAGAUAGUAUCAUUUACUCCUAAGAAUCCAUUGCCAAGCACAGGCUACUUGAUAUUUUCUUUGCCCUUUUAUACAUCAACCAGUGAUCACAUGAUAACGACUACUUCCCCUACUUGCGCUUCUGUUACAGGAAUGAGUAGUUCAAUAACCUGCACUUAUGACACAAAUUCGAGGUUUCUUACUGUGAAGAAUCCAGUUAGUUCUUCGACAUCAGGCAGCUCUUUAACAUUUUCGAUUUACCCCUUUAAGAACCCAUACAAUGCCAAGAAGAAAUCAUCUUUCAAAAUUACAACUCUUGAUAAGGAUAAUUAUGAAAUAGAUUCAGUUAGUAGUUUAACUUUGCAAGUUACUGACUUCGCUACAUUCAAUAGUGUAGAAAUCUACAGAUAUGAUGGAGUUAUGACAGUAGAAGAAACAUCAAUCCUGAAUUUUGUACUCAGCCUUAGUUUUCCAGUUGAUGCUAGCUGUAGACUUAGAAUUGAUUUUCCUACUGAUUAACCCUUAACAAGUGACUUAGUAAAUAUAUUUGGUGAUGAAUCCAUUAUAAAGACUGAAGGUUCUACCUCAAUUACUAAUAGUGCUCCAACUUACUUUACCUAUGAUGGAUGUCCUAAUUUCAUUUCAACCACCUAGUCUUAAGGAAUGUAUGUAUACUUGGAAAGCGUUUUAAAUGCUGGUAAAGUCAAAGAUACCAGUACUUUUACAAUUAAACUUUACGCACUUGAUUCUGGAGUUGAAUAUAAUAUUGCGGAAAUCACUGCUGGACUAAUUAUAACUAAGGACAUGCUGUCCACAGGUUCGAUUGCAAGCUUCAAAUUGACUGCUGCAACAACUACAGUAUCUGCCACCUCUUUAUAUACACUUGAGAUUUAGCCAUCGCAUUCAAUCCCAGCAAGUUCAAAAAUCAAAGUUAAAUUCCCAACUAGUAUUUCUUUACAGAAUAUAAUCUGUACUGUAUCAACCGUUACUACACCAAUAAGCACUGGGUCAAGUUGCCUAGUUAGCAGUAAUGUUCUCACUUUGACGAAUCCAUUUGGAUCCUCAACCUUUACAAAAGGUGGAUCAGCUUUCUCGUUUAUGUUUAGUAACGGAGGUACUAAUCCAGACUCCGUAAGAGAUGCGGGUACAUUUACUGUGUCAACCUAUUAUACUGAUUCAGGCAUUGACUACGGUAUUGAUUCCUCCGAUUUCACUAAUGUCUUUACUCCCACAGCUGCAGUUCUUACUGCUGUUGUGACCCCAGCUUCCCUUGUCGCUUAUAAUAGUCCAACAGACUAUGCUUUUGCAAUAACUCCUGUCUAGACUAUACCAAUAGGAGGAAAGAUUAAAGUAGUAUUUCCUACUGUGAUCACUGGAACUUCCAUUACUACAUGCACUUUAUCUAUUAGUGGAAGCUCCCCGACAUGUACGGUCAGCUCAACAUCCCCACUAACUGUAUCUAUAACUGGUGGAUUCACAACAGCUUACACCGCUAAGACAACUCCUUUCACUCUUACUCUUGGUAAUUUAAGAAAUCCAAGAACAACUGCUGUUACAAGUUCUUUCACCAUUACAACUACCGAUUCUUCAGAUAAUAAAAUAGCUGAAGCUUCAACUGGAAUUACAGUUUAGAUGACUCAAGUCCCAGAUAUCACAUCAUUCGCAGUGGCUCAAGCAAGCGGUGUUAAUGGAGCUGCCACUGACUACACAUUCACGGUUACAUCACCUAUUCCACAGCUCUCAACUGAUAAGAUAACCUUCACUUUCCCAACUGAGAUCACUGUUCCAGGUUCAAUUACAUGCGCUACUGUUUCUAAUGUUGGAGCAAUAUCUUGCGCAGUAUCUGGAAGCACAGUCACUGCAACAUUUACAUUCUCUGGAGGUACUCUAGCAGCAAGCACUGCCUUCUCAUUCAAAGUGUCUUCUAUUACUAACCCUCCCAGUACAGCCCCGACAUCUGCUUUUACUGCAGUUGAGAUGAGAGAUACUAGCGAUGGAAAACUUGCAGGAUUUUCAGGUACAGUAUUGGUCACAGAUACAACUCCAGCAACAAUUACGACUAAAUCCUUAGAUUAAGCUAUAUAUACCUUGAGCACAGCAACCACUUAUACAAUCACAUAUACAACUAUGAAUGCUAUGGCAGCUGGAGGUGCUUUCAAAGUUACUUACCCAUCAACUGUUAGUUCAGAUGGAUCAAUCACCACUUGCAAUGUUAUCUACAGCUCUGUAACAUAUUCAAUGAGCGGCUGCACAGUCGAUACUACUAAUAAGAUCAUUUCUAUUCCGACAGGUUUUACACAAGCAGUAGCAAAGGGAGAUUCUAUUAAAGUCUAGUUUGGGCCAAUAACUAAUCCGAGUACAAAUAAACCCACAACUUCUUCAUUCUCAAUACAAUCAUACACAUCAUCAACAUUUGUCUAUACAUUUGAUCUAGCAACAACAGAUUUACUUCCAAACUUUGAUUGUACCUAUCCAUGCAAUACUUGCAAUACUGGAUAGAAAACUCAGUGCCUUACUUGCAUACCAUUUGCUACCGAUCCAGCCUUUCCAUAUUACUAUUCGACUGGACUUUCAUGUUUAGUAAUAUGUCCUGAUGGUACCUACAAUGACAACUAUAUUUGCAAAGCUUGUCCAACUGAGUGCAAGACUUGUUCAAGUGCUACAGUAUGCAUUACUUGUGAUACCACAGGCAACUAUCCCUACUUCUCAAGUAACUGGUGUGUUUCAUUGUGCCCUACAGGAUAAUGCUCAUAAAACUUUAUUUGCACAUCAACUUGCACUGCAUCUCAGUUCACGAGUAUUACCAUAGUUCCUAGUCCGACUGCAAUCAAUUCAGUCGGGACAACACUCACAAUCACUGCUUAACUAGACACAAGUGGAUCAAGUUCUAGAACUACUUACAAGACAGGAGAUAUCCUAUACUUUAAUAUUCCAUCUCCUGGCUCUUUCACAGCUGCCACUGGUACAUCAUAUUGCACAGCGAGUGCAGUGACAGUUCUCACAACAACUGUUCUUUCAGUUUCUUCCUGCUCAAUCAACUCAAAUUCAUUCUAGCUUAAGGUCGGAACUAUCUCUGGAUCACCAUCUAAGCUUGUAAUGACUGUACAGAAAUUCAAUAAUCCAGCUUCAAGCUGUGAUAUUACAUCUGUAGCAGCAUAGUUGCUUGAUAGCACAGGAAAUACUUAAGCUUAAUAUUCAACUGGUAAAGUUACAGGAUUUACGGGAGGCACAAUAACAACAGCUCUACUUAGUUCAAGUUCACAAAUAGUUGGGUCAUCAGGCAAUACGUUGACAGUAUCAUUCGCUGUAGUGAAUGCUUUGACAGCCGGAGGAACAAUCAAGCUGAUAUUCCCAUACUGGAAUCCUAGCUCAUCUACUAAAUUACAUAUGAUAUCAAGUCCAACUUGUACUGGAGUAGAAUUCCUUUCAGGAUCUUUGACAUGCACAUAUGAUACUGCAACUUUGACUUUGUCUAUCACUACAACUUCUGCUGCUCCCACAGCAACUGUGAUUAGCUUUACAGUUACAGGCUUUAGGAAUCCAUACAAUGGAAUAGCUAAAAGUGGUUUCACUCUAUCAACAUAUGAUUCAACAUCUUGCGUGGUUGAAUCGAUAACAACUCUAACAAUUCAAACAAAUACAAUGGCUACACUUACAAGUGGAGCAAUAAGCAGAGUUGAUGCUAUCUCUACUGUUGAAGAGCUAUCCACAAUGAAGAUGACAUUCGUUCUUGAUUUACCUACUGACAUAUCAUGCAAACUUGUUAUAGGGUUUCCAGCAGAUUAGCCCGUGACAUCUGCUUUAGCAUCUUUUGCAUCAGGAACCAAUAUACUUAGCACUGUGGCAUCAACAACAACUGCAACAAAAGAUACAGCAGCUUAGACAGCAACUAUCACUGGCUGCUCCGCAUACGCUGAAAGCGGCUUAACUUCAGCAGUCAACCUUGUCCAACUCUUUAACACACCUUACAAAAAAACAACAAGCACUUUCUCCCUCUAAUUAUAUGCAUUAGUUGGCAGUACUUCCUACAAUAUUGCUGAGCUAACAACAGGAAUCACAGUAGCAGAUACUAUACUAGCAACUGGUACUGUCACUGGGUUUGUCCUUACACCUACCUCCACUGUGAUUAAUGAAUAAACUACAUAUAAACUAACGUUUAAGCCGUCGCAUAGUAUCCCUACUAAUUCUAAAAUUAAGAUAACUUUUCCCUCUUCCAUGGUUAUGACUGAUGCCUCUUGCACUCUUUCAAGUGUGACAUUAGCCAGUCUUAAUCCAUCUGCCUGUGAAAUGAGUUCUAAUGUUCUCACUUUGACGAAUCCAUUUGGAUCCUCAACCUUUACAAAAGGUGGAUCAGCUUUCUCGUUUAUGUUUAGUAGCGGAGGUAAGAACCCAAGCAUUAUUGCAGACGCAGGAACUUUCAUUGUUCAAACAUACGCAACUAUUCUCUCAGUAGAUUAUCCAAUAGAUGAGUCAUCAUUUACGAAUGUAUUCACACCAACUGCUACCUUGCUAAAAGCUACUUUGACAACAAUAUCUAGCUAUGUUACUAAUGCAUAACCCUCAUCCUACACAUUCACAAUAACUCCAAAGAGUGAUGUUGCCUCGGGUUCAUAACUGAAAUUUAUUUUCCCUACUUAAAUUUAGCUUACUGAUUCAGGUACCUCAGUAACACCAAUUACCACAACUAUUUCUGGCACUACUCGAACUCUAAGUGGCUGCACUACAACUAGUGUAAGUGGCCUAGUAAAUGUAAUUUGUUCUGAUCCUUUUACAUCUGCAUUCAAUGGAGGAGGAACAGGAUCAUUCACAAUUACAUUAGGAGGAAUGAAAAAUCCAAGAAGCUUAGCAGUAACUGACUCAUUUGAGAUUUUUCUAAAAGACUCAUCUGGUGGGGAUCUAGAGGUAAUUUAAACAGGAAUUACUGCUACUAUGUUGACACAAUCAGAUAUGGUUCUAUUCAAAGCAGUCCCUGACAGCUUUGUGAAUGGGGCUUCAGCUACUUAUGAGUUUACUAUCUAAUCAUCUUAAGCACUUUCCAAUGGUGAUUACAUUUCAUUCCUAUUGCCAACUGAAAUAACUCUACCAACAGGCACUCUAACUUGCACAGCUGUGACUAAUAUUAUAACAGUAACUUGUUCAAAAAUAUCAAGCAGCAAAGGAAUCAAAGCUGCUUUCACUUUCUCAGGAGGAUAAUUAGUCUCAGGUAAUUAAAUAGUUUUUAAAGCAGGACUUCUAUCAAAUCCCCCUAAUACUUAGGAAUCAACUGAAUUCGAUUCAAUAUAACUCUAUGAUAAAACCAACAGUGCACUUGAAACAUACAAUGACCCAGUUACUAUUACUAUGACAACUCCAGCAACUGUAACUACUAAAUCAUUAGCCUAAGGGGUUUCAUCCAGUAGUGUUGCAACUACCUAUACAAUUACUUAUAGUAAUGUAAACAAAAUGGCUGCAAAUUCUGCUUUUGAGAUUACUUACCCAUCAACAGUUACAGUACCUAGUUCUCUCACAACAUGCUAUAUCAUGUACAAUAACAUCAAGUAUACUAUGACUUGUGCUGUAGACAGUGCAAAUAAAAAGAUAAAGGUAUCAGACACUUUCUCAUCAGCUGUAGCGAGUGCUGGCUAAUCAAUAAAGAUUUAUUUAGGUCCAAUUACUAAUCCUGCAGAUUCAUAAAACACAUAAACAUUCUAGCUAAUGUCGUAUACUGAUAAUACUUUUACUUAUAAAAUUGAUUAAAUUACGGGUGGGCUAAUUCCAAGUUUCGCAUGCACUCUUCCUUGCAAGACUUGCUCAGCUACUGACUUGACUUAUUGCCUAUCAUGCUUUAUUGAUGUUUCUAGUAUAAUUGAAAAAUACUUUUAUAGCAAUAAAUGUCUCACUGUUUGUCCUUCUGGGUACUAUGCUGGAGACUAUCAAAUAUGUACUAAAUGUGAUGAUAGAUGCCUAACUUGCAAUCAAGCUGGCAAAUGCUUAACUUGCAACAAUACUGGAUCAUAUCCUAAUUUCCAUGGAGUAGACAGCAUGUGCUAUGGAACCUGUCCAAAUGGAUAUUUUGCUAAUUCUACAUUCUAUUGUGCAGCUUGUGAUUCAAACUGUAAGACUUGUAAUGUCAAUGAAACUAAUUGCACUUCAUGCUAUGCUAGUGGCUAAUACCCAUUCUUAGCUGACAAUAAAUGCAUUAAUACUUGCCAGAAUGGGCAAGUUUCUAUAAAUUAUACUUGUACAAACUGUUCAACCUAGUGCGUUUCAUGCCAAUCAACUCCAACUUAAUGUUCAUCAUGUUCAGUAGGAUAUCUUUAUGGAACGAAAUGUGUCACAGAUUGCCCUUCACCGUAUGUAUAAAGAGGUACAAAGUGCGUAGGAUGUGAUCCUAAUUGUGGUUAAUGUUCUAAAACUGAUGUGAACUAUUGUGAUAAAUGCGCUUCUGGAUACAUACUUUAUGAUUAAGUAUGUUACACCAAGUGUCCAGACGGCUACUAGCCCACUAGUAACAAUAUUACAUGUGAAAAGAUUGUUAAUAUAACAAAUGUAACUAUUACUUUCAACAAGACUGAUGAUACAGCCAGUCCUAUUUUAAUGUACUUCCCCUAUGCUUCAACAUAAACAGUGCUGGGAGGUGUAGUUGGUGCUGCAGUUUUGAAGAGUUCUGCAUCAUUGGUAUCAACAAAUCUUAUUGCAUUCUGGGGACCUUUGGAAUUCAUGUCAUUUGGUACUCAAGUUUACCUAGCCUAUGAUAAGUUAAAUAGUUCGACGUCUGCGGUUAGUAAUAGCACGAUUUAGAUAUAGCAAGUAAAUUCUAGAAGAAAUCUCUAAGAAGAUUACUAACUCUAGACACCUUAGACUAAUAUUUGGCCAUUAGUUUUCUAUGGAACUGCAUUUGCUUUUAUAGUGAAAUUUAUCAUGAACAUUAUCUUUGGAUUUCUGUUCUUCUUAAUAAUCUUCCACGAUCCAGGCUUUAGAGAAUACUAUGAGCAAUAUAAAUGGACUCCAAAGAUCAUUUUUGUGAUUGGAGUGCUAUUUUCGUUCAAAAUUUAUAGACUAUUUUACUCCAGAUUGUUUGGUUCUUUGAGAUUCUAUGUAUAAUUUGAAAAUCCUGAAAGAAUUCAUAGCAUUUUCAAUAUCCUAACAGUGCUAAAUAUUGUAUUUUCAUGUCUCCCAGUUCUUGCAAUAGAUAUAUAUGGCUUACUAAAGUAUGGAUGGGGAGGAUAAUUCUAUAUUAUAGUCAUAGAGACCUUAGCCAUAACAUCCUUGCAGAUUGGAUUCUAGACUUAUGAAUACUACAAAGUCGAGAAGGUUAUUGAUCCUUCUAAGUAACUAGUUUACAAUUUCCUGCCAGAAGACUUCCAGAGAGCAGAAGAAAGAAUAAUGAGAAUGGUUGAGGAAAGAUUCUAACGAUUAAUGGAUUAGAGAAGGUAAGAGGAGGAAGACAAAUAAAGACUUUUAAAGAAAGACCAAGAUGAUACUUCCAUAUUUGAUCCAUUCCCAGAUAAUGUCUAUGCUGACGAAGGAUUUUUACCUAAAAAGAAACUUAAGCCUGAUUAAAUAAAAACCAAGGUAAUCCAAUAUGGAUAGGAUGCUCAAACUGGACAAGAUUACGAUUCUGAUUUUGAGAAGAGGUUCAGAGCUUAGACACCAGACAUAGAAAAAGCAAACUAGAGAAAUGAGCAAAGAUUCGAAGUGAAGCCGAAUCCAGAUAAUGAGGAUGAGUCACUUACAAAUGCUCAGUAAAGAAAGAACAAAGGCAGGGAGAAGAAAAGAGGUAGAAAGGACAAAUUCCAUAAUGAUAUUGAAAAAGACAAUCAGAAGUUCCUUUAAGAAGAAGAAAAGUCAUCACUUUCCCCUGUGUCUCCAAAGAAACUCAUUGAACUCAGAAAAUCAAUAAUCAUUGAGGAAGAGGAAGAAAAGUUGCAGAGCAUUUAGGAAGAAUCACACUACACUGAAAAUCCAAUUAAGUCUACUGCAAUGGACUAAAAACUGCUUGAAAGUCAGAUUAUAGAGGAUGAAGAGCAUCAAGAAACUGAAAUAUUUGAGGAAGAGAAUGCAAUCGAUGGUCCAAAUCAAAUGUUUGACUAAACAAGAAAGCCAGAUGCAAGCUUAUUAGAAAGGGAAUCACCAAUGGAUAGAGAUUCUUCAAGACUUAUGGAAUCUCCAAAGCCUCAACAAAACUAGAAAUUGCUUGAAUCACCAAAAGCUAAAACCUCUCCUAGGAUUGAUUAAUAAUAACUUUUAGAAUAGUAGAAUAUUUAAAAGUAACAAGAGUUAGACAAGUUAGAGGAAGACAUUGAUUACAUGAAUCCAAAGUUCAAGUCUACUCUUCAGAUGCAGAAAGAAGUUGAGAUGCUAAUUAAGCCAGAACAAGAAGAUGAGGAAUAGAAGAAAAAAGAUAAUGAAAAGGAUAAAAAGAAAUAGUAAAAGAAAAAAGAGUAAGUAGAAGAAGAGGAGGACGAGUUGUAUUUAGAUAACAACAUUCCAAGUGAGAUGGGAGAACCAGACUCAGACGAUGACAAUGAAGUCAGAAUUAAAAAUAUAACUCAUCCAGAAAAGAAAAGAUUUAACGUUAAUGACAUUCUGGGUCAAUUUGAUUAAGAUGACAAGGGAAACCCAGUUAUUCUGCAAGAUAGCGAUGGCGAGUACGUAGAUAAAGACGGAAGCAGAGUAAACUAGAAAGGUUAUUUGAUUGAUGAAAAAACUGGAGAUGUUGUUGAAAAGGAAGGAGGUAAGAAGAUCUUUGAUUUUAAGGACCUGGAUGAAAGAGGAGAACUUCCAGCUCCAUACAAUCUCGAAAGAUUUAACUUCAACAUUCAUGAUGUUAGAGGGUAUUUUGACAGAGACAAAGACGGAAACGAGAUCAUGUGGAACAGAAAAGAUGGAGAUGGCAACCCAAUCGAUAAACUCGGAAGAAGAAUCAAUAAAUAUGGCUACCUUAUUGAUAAAGAUGGAAAUCUAGUUGAUAAGAGAGGCAGAAUCAAGUUGAAUAGCAAAAUAAUGGACAAGAAUGGAGGAGAAAUUCCCAUGAUUUUCAACUAUAAAGGCAAAAAGUUUGAUAUUAGAGAAUGUAUGGGAGCAUUAGAUAAGGACAGACAAGGCAACAUAAUCAUAAGAAGAGACAGAGACAACAAGAUGGUUGAUAAGAAAGGCAGAAGAGUAAACAACAAAGGAUAUUUAGUUGAUAACUAAGACAACGUAAUUAGUGAAGAUGGACUGAUGAUGUUCGAAAAGUUCUUGCUUUCUAAGGACAAUGAAAUACCUAAGCUCUUCCCAUUCCUGAAGUUCAAUAUUGACGAUAUCAAGGGAGAAUUUGAGAUGGAUCCUCUAGGAAAUCCAAUGUUACACAAGAGCAAACUGGGAUUUGUUGAUGACAAAGGAAACAAAGUAAAUGAGAAAGGUUAUCUGUUAGAUGAUAAUGGAAAUGUACGAAACAAGAAGGGUUUCUGCGUCUUCAAUAGGUUCAUGCUUGAGGACGAUGGAGAAAUUCCAAACAUAUUCAGAACUGGAUUAAUAAGGAAAGACACCUAAGAUUCAUUAGCAAAGUUGAUGGAUGAAAUUGAUGAUUUAGAGAUGAUUUAGGACCUUGAUGUGAAUGAUCCAAGGAGAAGAAAAACUCUCACUCAGCAGACUCUUGGAGAGCAUAAGAGACUCCAAGAUAAGAUAGAUUAAAUCGUUGAAGAAGACAACGAUGAUGAAAUUAUGAGAGAAAUUGAGUAACUUGCUGGUGAUUAGCCAUUCUCAGAUGGUGGUAAUACAUCAGUAGAUAGCUUAAUGGAAGACACUCCAAGUAACUAUAAUGCAGCAAAUUAGAGGUUUAAUGAAGUAGAGAAAAUCAAGAAUAAAGCCAAGAAGAAUAUAAAGAAACAGCAAUAGGUACCAGAGGAGGUUGAGUUGGAAAGUUAGUACUCUUAUCUUCCAGAUAAGAAACUGAAAGCAAAGAAGAAGAAAAAGAAGAAGAAGAAUAAGGAUGCAGAUAUUGACAGAGAUUUAUUGAUGGCCAAAGCGUAUGGUAAGAUAACUCAGUAGCAAUACGAGAAGCUACUUGAAAUGAAAAAGAUGAAAGAAAAGUAAAACAGUCAACUAAACCUGAUGCUUGGCAACCCCAAAGUCAUGCCUUAAAUGUCUUAAAUGCCUCAAAACAUGAAUAGAGAUGCUUCCAAUACAAAAAUGGCAGGUGUCCCUAGUAAAAGAAGCCCUUUGAAUGAUGGGGAUAUGCAAUCUGAAUUCGGAGGAAAUCAAAGCGUUAGAGAUGGCUUAUCAAUCAAGGCAUUCAAACCAAGUGUAAAGAGAGUAGGUGGUGGUUUUGCUCCUCCUCAAAAGGACGCAAAGACUGUUAGAGAAAGAGAUGAUAUCUAGAAUAAAUCAACAAUGAAUAGAUUUACUGGUGCUUAGAAAAAUAACCUGAUGAGUGGAACCAUUGAAAACAACAAUAAUGAUACUGCUUCAAAUAACUCAAACAGAAGGUACAUGCCAACAGAGAGAGACAGAAAACUCUCUCAUAUAGCAAAUUCAGUGUCUGGAUUUUACAAAGAAGGAAACCAUAAUCAAAGCGAGCAUUCAGGUACAAUUGAAUCUUCUCAAGCUAAAAAUUUAGUACAACGAAGACGAACUAAGUAAGAUGAUGGUACGAAUUUCAUUGAUCAAGAUUAAUUCAAAGCAACUGCAAAAGGAGGCUUUGAGUUAGACUAGUAUCAAUACAGCGAUAAUGAUAACUAGUCUCACAUUAGUGGGCGAACAAACCAAAGCAGAUUUAAAUCAAAAAAUAAUCCGAGACUAAAAGGAUUAGAAGCAGUUUACCUAUAGAGAUUGGAGCCUUCAGUCAAAGCAAGAUAAGGAGGUCCUACAACAUCAAGAAAAGAUGACAAAGCGAAGUUUAGAGUAAUGCAUCACAAAUAUCAUGAUGAUCCUGAGUGGCAUGUUGAUCCAGAUAGAGAUAGAGAUGAUUUAGAUUCUGUAAUCUCAAACAACUACAAUCAAAUGCUUGAACUUGAAUUCCAAGGUGCAGACGCAAUGAAAAAGAAAAAGAGAAAGGACAAUUCUAAGAGCAGGUAAAAUUUGGCAGGCUAAGGAUCAAUGAAUGACUCACAAGAUGGUUUUAACGCUCCAAACAUAUUCCAUGGCAACUUCAACCAGUAUAAGGAAAAGAAAUUUAAGUCUACUCUUCCCAGCGUUGAUUUCGCCAAGACCUGA